AUGGAGGAACAGCAAAAUGAUGGCUAUCGAACCUUAUCCUUGUCCGGGCAUGUUGGUUUUGGCAGUUUACCUGAUCAACUGGUUAAAAAGUCUAUCAAGCAGGGCUUCUGCUUCAACAUUCUUUGCAUUGGGGAAACUGGAAGUGGGAAAUCAACCCUGAUAAACAGUUUAUUUAACACCAAUUUUGAUGACCCUGUGUCAUCGCAUUUUCUGCCAAGUGUACAUCUUAGAGCCCAGACUUACGAACUCCAAGAAAAUAAUGUUCUUUUGAAGCUGACCAUUGUAAAUACAGUGGGAUUUGGUGACCAGAUAAACAAAGAAGAUAGUUAUCGGCCAAUAGUGGAUUAUAUAGAUGCACAAUUUGAAGCCUAUCUCCAGGAAGAACUGAAAAUUAAACGUUCUUUAUUUAGCUACCAUGAUACUCGCAUCCAUGUCUGCCUCUAUUUCAUUUCACCUACAGGCCAUUCCCUAAAAACCCUAGAUUUGUUAACCAUGAAAAACCUAGACAGCAAGGUGAACAUUAUACCAAUUAUAGGCAAAGCAGACAGCAUUUCUAAAACUGAACUACAGAAAUUCAAGAACAAAAUCAUGAGUGAACUAGUUAGUAGUGGCGUCCAGAUAUACCAGUUUCCAACUGAUGAUGAAACCAUUUCUAAAAUUAAUACCAUCAUGAAUGGGCAUUUGCCAUUUGCUGUAGUGGGAAGUACGGAAGAGGUGAAAAUUGGAAACAAAAUGGUGAGGGCUCGUCAGUACCCUUGGGGCAUUGUACAAGUGGAAAAUGAGAACCACUGUGACUUCGUAAAGCUUCGCGAGAUGCUCAUUUGCACAAAUAUGGAAGACUUAAGAGAGCAGACUCAUGCACGACAUUAUGAGUUGUACAGACGCUGCAGACUGGAAGAGAUGGGCUUCAGAGACGUUGGCCCUGAGAACAAACCGGUCAGUCUACAGGAAGCCUAUGAGGCAAAGAGGCACGAGUUCUACCUUGAACUGCAAAGAAAAGAGGAGGAGAUGAGACAACAGUUUGUGCAGAGAGUGAAGGAGAAGGAAGCUAUAUUGAAAGAAGCAGAGCAACAGGUACACACUAAAUUUGAACAUCGUAUGCUAAUGCAUCAAGAAGUGAAACUGAAAUUGGAGAAAAAGAAAAAAGCUCUAGAAGAUGAAAUUGCUAUGUUUAUUGAGAAGAAAGCUAAUGCUGAAUUGCUUCAAUCACAAGCAUCUGUCUCUACCCCUCUUGUUAGUUUGAAGAGAGACAAGGACCGCAAAAAGAGCCAAGGUUUUCGACUUGAACUCCUGUGCUUUGAUGUCAGAGAUGAAGACACUGUGAACGUUCACGCACAGAGCAAGAGGGAGAGGGAGAAAUUAGAGAGGGAGAGAAAUUCACCCAGGGAAUUCCAGAAAUAG